AUGCAGCCAGGCGACGGCACACCGGCGGCCAAAGGGUGCACUCGCAGCACUCCUGGCGCACCCUGUGCACAGUGGCCGCAGGUCCAAAUACCACCACCCAAUGGCCGGCAUCCUGCAGUGCAGCAGCAAAGCAACUUGCUGCAGCUGCCUCCCCUGCUGCACAGCUUGCCGGCCCGGACGCAGCCUCCCGCGGGCAAUCGAUUGCCGCAGCCUCCGGUGAGUCAGAAGACUCAGGAGAAAGAGAAGGGCCGACCACUGAUGGAGCCACCAAGUGAAGAAGCCGAGUACGAGGCGGCUUCAGAAGAUAAGCAGGAGGAAGCAGAAAGGUCUGAGACGACGGUGGCGCCCGAAGCAUCGCCAGAGGUGCAGGCUGAAGCCAGUGACGCUUCGCCAGAAGCGAAGGAGAGUCCGGAGGCCGACAAGGAGUGUAAAGAACCGGACCAGACGGAGCACGAGAGCAGCACAAAGCAUGCUGAAGAGACGAACUCCUUCGUGGAGGUGGAAUCAGUGACAGAGAAUCCGGUGAAAGAAGAGCUUCGCGAGGAGCCAGAGAUGCUUCUCGAGGCGCCAAGAGGGCCGGGCCGGAAUGGCAGGCCCCGAAGGCGGCAAGAGCGGCCUGCCCGCACGCGUGCAGAGACCGCAGAGUGGCGGCCGGUCCGAAGGGGCAAAGCCGGACCGAGACACAGCGAGCCCGUGGAGGAGCCCCCAGCCUCUCCGGCAAAGGCAGAUGCAGAGCGAGCCGAGCGAGCGCCACAGAGCUGGAAGCUCCGCGGCAAAAUGAGCAUGAGGAGUAGUGGCACCAGUGGUGCUACCUCUAGCAGUGGCAAGGGUGCCAAGAGCACAGGGCCUUCAGGGCAUACAGCCUGGAAGUGGAGGCCCACGGUGCCACACUCGGACAGAUAA